GUAUUUGAAGGGUAAUUACAAACAUGACAUUUCUGCAUUGCAGUUUCUGAUUGAAAGUAGAUGUUUUAUACUUUUUUGAUUGAAUUUUAUUUAUUAUUCUGAAACGAUAUACAAACACAAUGACUAGCUGUAGCAGUUCUGCAUCUGUUCCAAAAUCUACUAAAUCUGAAGACCACAGGAGUAAAAGUUGUGACACGGUCUGCACCUCAAAUUCUAGCUGUUACUUGAAAAGAAGAAAACCUGCAAAUCCUCUCAUGUACCCCGUGAGACAAAGCUAUUCAAAAAGUACAGGAAACUCUGUUCGCCAAAGGGUGUUGUCAGCAAAACUAUUAAAACUCAGGUCUAUUCAGAGUCAAUUGAAUGAUGCUAACUACCACUUAUCAGAACUGAGUAAAGAAAAUCAAAUCUUAAAAACCCUCCAGAAACGCCAAGAUAAGGCAUUAUCAAAGUAUGAAAAUACGAAUGCAGAUCUUCCACGCCUUAUUCAUUCACAUGAAGAGCAAAUCCGCUUUCUGAGUGAGAAGAACAAGUCUCAGAGAAAAACAAUCAAAGAACUCAAUGAUCUUUUGAAAGUGAAAGAGGAAGAACUUGCCAAAACUCAUGAAAAACUUUGCCAUCUCGAAAAACUGAACAGGGAUAAACGACUUUUAGAUAGAGAGAGGAUGCUGGAUCAAAUCGAGGAACUGAAACUAAAGUUGGAAAAAUCUGAUGACCAGAAUUCAAUAUUAAGCAGAAAGUUGAUAUUGGAAAGCAAAACUUCGAAACAAAGAAUGAAUGCAGAGAUGGCGAAGCACAAACAGUGCCAGAAAGAGUUGGAUAGGGCUUUAUCAGAAAUAGAUAGACUGUCAGCGCUUUUGGAGACAAAAGAAAAUGUAGUCCAUCCAAGAAAAAAUAGAUUCUCUCGUCUCGGGCAACAGUCAAUUUCUAUGGUAACCUUAGGAGCAUACCAUCCAAUUAGAACACUUAGUACGGAAAAACUGGGAACAAUAGAGGACGUGUCAGAAUCAGUUACAAGUAAAACUCCUGUUACUGACAUAAAAUUGGAACCUAUUAAAUUCAAAAUGGAGGAAACUAAAAAGCCCAAUGGGAUUCUAGCGAUUCCAUCAGAAAAUAUUAAAAACCGGUUAUCUGGAGCUUCAGUUAGAACUAAAAGUGAAGGAAGUGGUGAUAGCAAUUUUUCAGAGGGUGGAUCUGAAGUUUCACUAAAUAACUUCGAAGGCUCAACAGACAGUAGUGAAAAGAGCCGUCCCGAUUCAGGGGUUACUAUAGGUAAACUUACUGACGGGUUGGAUUCAGCCAUACAAAAAGCUACCAAAAACACGACAGAUCAAUUCGACAAGAAACUUGGAGACUUCUGUUCAGAUAUUAUGGAAAAUGUACGAACAUGCUCUGAAAGAAUAGAAUCUCAAAAAGAAGCACUUCAAAUGUAUAAAGACGACACCAACACCCUUCUAGAAACUUUCAAGAAAACUCAGAAGAUCGAAUCAAAGCUCAAAGAUUCUCUCUUUAGCUUUGACAGGGACAGUGGCGUCGAUUUUAUCAAUGAUAUUUUGUCAGAAGAACUAAAGUUUCAAGUGAACACAGACAAAAAUGAAAAAGUGAAGAAGAAAGAACCUCGGGUUCAUUUGGAAGAUAGAAAAAAGCUACUUGCAACUCUAAAAGCUAUUGACAAUGGUGAUGGGUUGGAUACAUUGAAUGACAGCCCUACACAUGUGGCUGCAGGUAUUGCGCAAGUUUUAAGCAGUGGGGCAAAAUAAAAGGUGUUCGUUUUCUGGAAACACUAUUUUGUAAUUAUUUCAAGCAAAUAAAAGAAUAAAGUAUCA